UGUCUGCAGCUGCUGCAUGUUGUCGUUGCUCCGCCCUCGACUGGUCUCGCCUGAUCUCCGUCGGAUUGCUGCGCAGCGCUUAAAGGCAGAAGAAGUGUCGGUCGGAGCUGGAGGGAGGCUGCAGCGCAGCGCAGAUCAGGUCAGUCCGUGUUCACACGCUGCGACCGCUGGAUUUCAAACACCGCCGCUUCCAGUCAGGUUGGAGUCAAGGGGAGGCAGGAAGGCAGUUUAAAGCUUCAACGUUGAGCUUGAGGAGGAUUUGAAAGGCAUAUAUUUGGGGAGGUGGGUUGACUGCUGUGUUCCCCUCCUGCCACCGGACAGCAGCCGUAAGUGAUCCCGCUGUCCCGCUUCCAGCUGCCGUGUGAGCCAUGGCGCUCCAAGCCAGAGUGAUCUACGACUUCAACUCUGAAAACCCGGGGGAGCUGUCGGUGAAGGAGAGCGAAAUCCUAACUUUGUUCAGCGAGCAGGACAUUGAUGGCUGGCUGGAGAGCUCCAACAGCAAAGGGGACAGAGGACUGGUCCCCGCCUCGUACGUGGAGAUCCUGCGGAGCGAGGCUGAGCUGAACAGCUACAACAUCAACGCGGAGCCUCGGUACUCUAAUAUCACAGCUGGAGGCUUUGACAAACUCCAGAACUUCUCUAAGCCUCCUCUGGUAGGGUUGACCACAAACACGGCGCCGAUACAAGAGCAUCACAACAACAAACACCACAUCCAAGGCAGCGAUGAUGACUGGGAUGAUGACUGGGAUGACAGCUCCACUGUAGCAGAUGAGCCAGGGAGUGUGGGAGGAAGGUACCAGGACUCCGAGGGCUCCACAUACAGAGUGACAACACACAUUGGUCCAAGAGGGAAUGCAACGCAGGCGAAGAGCUCAGCCACAGUGGGCAGAAACCUGAACAGGUUCUCUACCUUUGUAAAGUCAGGAGGAGAGGCGUUUGUGCUCGGAGAGGCGUCAGGCUUUGUGAAGGAUGGGGACAAGCUGUGUGUGGUGAUGGGUCAGUAUGGUCCGGAGUGGCAGGAGAAUCCUUACCCCUUCUCCUGCACUAUUGACGAUCCCACCAAGCAGACCAAGUUCAAAGGGAUGAAGAGCUACAUCUCCUACAAGCUGACCCCCACGCACACCCAGAACCCUGUGAGCAGGAGGUACAAGCACUUCGACUGGCUUUACGCUCGCCUGGCGGAGAAGUUCCCAGUCAUCUCUGUGCCACACCUCCCAGAGAAGCAGGCCACAGGCCGCUUCGAGGAGGACUUCAUCUCCAAGAGGAGGAAGGGUCUCAUUUGGUGGAUGAACCACAUGACCAGCCACCCUGUCCUGUCCAAGUGUGACGUCUUCCAGCACUUUCUGACCUGCACAGACGAGAAGGCCUGGAAGCAGGGGAAGAGGAAGGCUGAGAAGGACGAGCUAGUGGGAGCCAACUUCUUCCUCACCAUCAGCACUCCACCGGCUCCCCUCGACUUCCAGGAGGUGGAGAGCAAAAUUGACGGGUUCAAGACCUUCACCAAGAGGAUGGACGACAGCACCAUGCAGCUCAACGCCACCGUUAAUGAGUUUGCUCGCAAGCAGAUGGGUGGAUUUAAGAAGGAGUACCAGAAGGUGGGGAUGUCAUUUAAGGCUCUGAGCCAGGCCUUUGAGAUGGACCAGCAGACAUAUUCAUCGGGACUCAACCACGCCAUCUCCUUCACUGGAGAUACCUACGAAGCGAUUGGAGAGUAUUUUUAUGAACAGCCCAGCAAAGAUCUGGACCCAAUUAUGGAUUUGUUAGCUCUUUACCAAGGUCACCUGGCAAACUUUCCAGACGUCAUCCAUGUCCAAAAAGGAGCCCUGACGAAGGUGAAGGAGAGCCAGAAGCACGUGGAGGAGGGCAAGAUGGACCGGCCGCAGGCAGAUGGCAUCAACGACCGCUGCAACAUCAUCUCCUGCGCCACGCUGGCUGAGAUCCAGCACUUCCACCACAUCCGCGUGAGAGAUUUCAAGGCCCAGAUGCAGCACCAUCUCCUGCAGCAGAUCGCUUUCUUCCAGAAGAUCACGGGCAAACUGGAAGAGGCUCUGCAAAAGUACGACAACGCAUAACGGAUCACCCAAUCCGUUUUGGGUCUCGACGACAAACGGCCGUGCCGCUUCCGUGAUUGGUCAGUGGGAUUUUGGCUAGAAAAGGGCAGCACCUCGCAGAGACUGCUGGGAGCUGACGUCAGAGCAGGACGGGACGUUUAUGGAGAGGACACAAAACGAAAUCCUGUUUGCAGUUUUGUCUGGGACGUUCGGACAUGUAUUUGUAGAAAAUUAAGCCAGUUUUAAGUGCAAACACAGUUGCCUAGAAUUUAUAGAGAUCAAUAAUAAUAAACGGAUUAAUCUUGGGAAGAUGAAGAGCAGAGAGAGAAGCCUGUUUUCACUGUUGCCUACACAUCUGGUGCAAGACUUCCUAUAUCAGGAGUUUUUAGCCUUACAGCACAGUUUUUAAAAACAAUUUUUGGUCUCACCGCCUCUCCAGGAGCAGCAACACUCCUGUGGCCAACACACUGCCUUCAGGAAAUAUUUAUUCUCAGACAAACAGGGCAGAAUGUUUACAGGCUCCUCACCGAGCAGCGACUGUCACUGCUGUUUCUCUGUGCCUUCUGAUUUUGGUCAUUUUUGUUACUUAUUUCUAACAACUCUUAUGUGCUGAUAAUGCAGACAUACAAUCCAUGUGUUUUUGCAAGGCUCCCCUCUGUAAAUUCCAGCCUAUGUUAUCGAGUUGUGCCAUUUCUUUUGCUAAGUUGUUCUUGGAUUAGAUCGUUAACACAGGGAUACCCUGCUCACAGCAAGCACUAAUAUCCUGUUUCAGCAUGCACAGCUUAAAUGACCAUGGUAAACACUUUUUACACCUUAUGUUUCUAUUUGUGUCAGCAAAAUGUUGGUUUGAAGGCUCUACUUUAAAUUAUCAGAAGCAGGCUGCUAGGAGUAGAGGGUUUCUUACCAGUUUCUAUAAUGCAGACCCUUUUAAAAGCAGGAUUACUGGUGUUUUUAAACUUUAUGAUGAUUGUAUCAUGAAGUUAAGAUUGUAGAAGAGAUGCAAAUUAAAUUUAUCCUUCACAGAAAUAUA